CGAAAAUUAUUGUUAUUCAACGUACCAAAGGGGAAUAUAAUUUUGUCAGGGAAAUCAACGGACCAAAAAAUAAGCAAAAUAAGAAACCCUUAAACCCCUUCACAAUUCACUUCAUUCAACUUGCUUCCUCCAUUUUUUUUUUUGAAGGGAGGAAGAAAACAAACAAUUCCACAGCUGUAGCCCUAAUGGUUGAGGUAUGGUGGUCCUUGUUAGGGGCUGCUAUUCCUGCUAUUGUAGCUGGUCAAGCUUACAGAAUUAAGAGAAAUCAUGCUGAGGAGCAGAGAAUCAAGAGUGCACGGGGCAGGGAGAAGAGCACUGAUGAUAUUUUCGUGUGCGAGAGAGUCUGUACGUCAAAGAGAAUGUUGAAGAAGGUUGGUGCAUUUUCCAAGGAUCCAAUUCCCGAUACUUGUAUUACUGUUUGUGGCGUAUCCGAACUUGAUGCUUGCUCUGAUGCCUGCGCUCGUACUGUCUGUGUCAACCAGCAUCAAGUGCCAAACUGGAAUGAUGUCUGCCUCCGGAGAUGUCAAAGUGAAUGCCUCAAACUUUCUUCUAAUCUCCCUUGAUGUGUUUACUGGUUUUUUUCAUCCACUUCGAUUUCCUUGCCAAACUUGGUAAACCACCAUUCUCCAACUUUGAUGGUUAAAAAUGACAUGCUUUGUUUCAUUAUAUCAUCUCAACUUUGUUAUGAAUUAUGCUUUAUUCCAGUUUUAGAUCAUUGAUUUGUCA